CGUGCUCGCGUGCGCGCUCACCCCGGCUAUUGUGUUUUUAUCAACAAGGAGACCACCGUGGCCCUGCGAGUGACUGCGCUGCUCAACUGAACGACGAGAGACUGCUAAACCAUGGCGGACGAGCAAGAAAUAAUGUGCAAGUUGGAAAACAUCCUGGAAAUACGGAACAAGACGGUCCAGAUGCAGAAGAUCAAGUCUCGUCUGAAGGUUGAGUUUGAGGCUUUGGAGUCUGAGGAGAAGCAUCUGAAAGAGUACAAACAAGAGAUGGACCUGCUCCUGCAAGAGAAAAUGGCCCAUGUGGAAGAGCUGCGGCUCAUCCACGCUGACAUCAAUGUGAUGGAGAGCACCAUCAAGCAGUCGGAGAAUGACCUGAAUAAACUGCUAGAAACGACUCGCCGCCUGCAUGAUGAGUACAAACCUCUGAAGGAGCACGUCGAUGCCCUCAGGAUGACUUUAGGCCUACACAGACUCCCUAACCUGAACGAAGAGGAGGAGAAGCUGUCCCUGGAUUACUUUGAGAAGCAGAAGGCUGAGUGGCAGAAAGAGCCACAUGAGCCUGCCAUUCCAGAAUCUCUUGCUGCCGCUGCAGCGGCAGCUCAGCAGCUUCAGGUGUCCAGGAAGCAAGAUGCACGCCAGACAGCCACCUUUAGACAGCAACCACCACCGAUGAAGGCCUGCUUGUCCUGCCACCAGCAGAUUCAUCGUAAUGCUCCCAUCUGCCCGCUGUGCAAGGCCAAGAGCCGCUCCCGCAACCCAAAGAAGCCCAAGAGGAAGCCAGAUGAGUAGAUCCUACCCUGCCUGCAGCUGAAGUACCAUUUAAAAGGGACCUAGUCCGAUACAGUGAUCUCAGAUCAGCCAUUUACAUUAAGGAAUAUAUGGCUGAAGUAACAGAUUUGUGCUACUGGACAAUUUCCACAAACAGUCCCCACUUUAACAAAUUGUCUUAGUACCUUUUUCAUAAACUGUCAGUGAUUGAUAGAGAAUCUGGAUAUGUCAUCCUGUUGUUUGUUUUAAUCAGUGCUUUGGAUGUGUUAUAUGUAAAUGUAUGACUCCUAUAGUAGGUUUACUAGCCCCUAACCAUGUAGCUGAAUUAAUGCAACAAAAGAAACAUUGGUCUAAAUACUUUUGCCCAUGUUGCUAUGGUUUGUUGCCUUAGAUAUUGUACUGUACUUUCUACAUUAAUUUGCAAUGCAUGCUUGCUUCCAUGGAUAUCUGUUGUGUAUUUUUUGCCAAUAUAAGAUAGGUUUAAUUGCAAAGUUAAAUUAAACAUGUUAUUUUAAUGUUUACAGUGUUCAAGUGACCACAAAGGAGGGAAAAAAUGCCAGACUCAUUUGUGUUGUGUGUUUAAUUUUAAUACAGUGAUGAGAAAAUAAAUUGCUGUUUUGUACAAACCUU